GGUGAAUAUAAUAUUGUUAUACAUUAGUGCGUUUCCCAUCUACGAACAAGCCAUGUGUUGUCCUAUUGACAUCUAUUACAUAGAAAAGGAACUUGGAAAAGGGUAGAUGGCAGUAUAGGACGUGUCCGAAGACAGGAAUUAAACUUCCUGUCUUGAAGGGCUUGUCGGAUUAAUCGUGUGCUGCCAUCUAUUAAAAAGGAAAGAAACUGAAACUUUGACCAUCUAUGGAUAGAUGGCAGCAUGGAACUUGUCGAAAGACAAAAGUUAAGCUUCUUGUCCUGAAAGGCCUGUCGGAAGAACCAUGUUCUGCCAUCUAUCCAUGAACAGUCCAAAUUUCUGUUCCUCUCUUUGGUAAUAGAUGGCAGUAUGUGUGUUGUUCAUAGAAAAGGAGAACAUUACAGUGCAACAAAGAUAGGUAUACAUCUUGUGUUAGAAGAAGAUGACUAUGUUGUAUGACGAGGAUAGUAUAUCUACUGUAAGAUAAGGACAGAGAUAACGUAGAAUAAGAACCGUACAGUCAACUAUGAUAUGGUAUCCUUAUUAUUUGGUUUAUAUGAUUCAUUUUGUAAUUUACUUAUAGAAUUAAUAAUGCAGGUCUUGCAAUAUUCUUAUAAAUUUUAUUUAAUUCGUACAUAAACUUUAAAUUUUAUCUUCAUUCUAAAUUACAAUGUGGAUGGUGUAUAUUAUGAAUAUAUAUACAUAUAUGUAUAUAGUGUAUGUGUACAAUAUCUAUCUAAAAAUGGAUUAUUUACAUUUUUUCUUUUUCUUUACGUGGAAGAAAACUUUGUAAUUAAAAAAGACUUUUCUUUCAGCGCUAUUUGUGCGAAAUAGAAAUUAAAUUAUGUGAAAAAGAAAAUUACAGAAGUGCCAACACCACACGGAGUUCCCAAGCGGUGAACCAACUAAGUAUGAUCUGUGUUCAGCGCUGCGUAACUUUCGUGAUCGGACGAGAAGGAAUGAUUUCAACUCGGUUUGAGCGUUGGUCGUAGAUGAGAAGUUGUCGCUCAUUAUUAAGAUGAUAGUUAAUUUCUUUCCUCUAAUCUUCUUUAAUUUUCUUCAAUAUUUAAUUAGACACCGACCAAAUUUCUUGCCAUACAAACAUCUUUAAAAACAAAUAACAUAUAUUAUUUUAUGAAUUUCAUUUAAAAGAACGUUUAACUGAGAUUAGGAGUAAUGUACUCUUGACAAAAACAAAAUCUACAGUUCAAAUGACACAUCUUAAACAGUAUUAAACAAUUCGCCGAUGUUCGCCGAUACUAGCGCUAUCUACUUAUCAACAUAAAAAAUAUUCGCAGCGUUCAGUACCAGUGGGACUAAGAGAUGUGUAUCUUUUCCGGAUAGCUUCGACGUGGUUACGUGUGUUUUACGUGUACAAGUGGGCGUAUUAACCGACGCGACGUAUCGCGGAAAAGUAUAAUAUCCGCGUAGAAGAAGGAAUGUAGCGUUUUGGGUCAAUAUAUCAUUUGUUGAACGACAGCAAAUUUGCUUUGACGUAUGUCAAAUAAAAUGUUAAGAUUUUUGUCACGACGUAGGGCUCGUAGUGUCAGCGGACAGACUACGUCGUCCCAAAUAAAAAAUCAACGAUUGCUCAGCAAUAAGAAUGUUGUUCAAUGUAGGGUCGUUUUGCUUGAUGGCACGGAUCUACCAAUAGAAUUGUCAAAAAAAGCAUUGGCUAGCGACUUAUAUGAACAAGUGUUUUAUAGUUUAGAUUUAAUAGAGAAAGAUUAUUUUGGAUUGCAAUAUACAGAUAGCAAUAAUGUUCAGCAUUGGCUCGAUCCCACUAAGCCAAUAAAGAAACAAGUAAAAAUUGGACCACCAUAUACUUUACGGCUCAAGGUAAAGUUUUACUCAUCAGAACCUAAUACAUUGCGCGAAGAAUUAACAAGAUACCAGUUUUUCUUGCAAUUAAAGCAAGAUGUUUUGGAAGGAAAACUUCAUUGUCCUCACCAAGUUGCUGUGCAGUUGGCUGCUUUAUCUCUUCAAUCUGAACUUGGUGAUUAUGAUCCUGCCAUACAUAGUGCAGCAACAGUAUCAGAAUUUAGAUUUGUACCAGGCCAAACAGAGCAAAUGGAGCUUGAAAUACUUGAAGAAUACGCCAAAUGUUCUGGCCUUAGCCCAGCACAAGCAGAAUCAGCUUAUCUCAGUAAAGCUAAAUGGUUAGAUAUGUAUGGUGUAGAUAUGCAUACUGUUCUUGGUAAAGACGCGUGCGAAUACUCUUUGGGAUUAACGCCAACGGGAAUUUUGGUCUUUGAAGGCACACAAAAAAUAGGCUUGUUCUUUUGGCCUAAAAUUGGUCGGCUAGACUUUAAAAAGAAAAAACUAACAUUAGUUGUGGUGGAAGAGGAUGACGAAGGGAGAGGAGAACAAGAACAUACGUUUGUGUUCAGACUUGUCAAUGAAAAGGCUUGCAAACAUCUAUGGAAGUGCGCUGUAGAGCAUCAUGCUUUCUUUCGAUUACGUGCACCCGUUAAAGGUGCUAGUGGACGCCAAAAUUUCUUUCGUAUGGGUUCACGUUUUCGUUACAGCGGUAAAACCGAAUUUCAAACCACUCAGCUGAAUAGAGCACGCAGAACAGUACAAUUUGAGAGACGACCAAGUCAAAGAUACGCGCGUCGUCAAAGCCAUGUUUUAAGAGAACGUCAACGUCAGCAAGUGGAACAACCGCAACCACCAGCUCCAGUAGUUAACAACGAAGAAGAGUCUUUGCAACGUCAGCCAAGUCAAUGUAGUACAAAAUCGUCAGACUCAAGCGUACAUGCUACGUCUUCACCUUUGGUAGAUUCUUUACUGAAAUCACUGGCCAAAGAUCAGCAACCUUUAGAGCCUAGAAAUCAAACAGCAGUUGCUAACACUGAAAAAGAAACAGAACCUGUGAAAACGAGUUUAAUCAUCGAAAAUAUGACUAAUCAAACAUCGUUAGUGCCAAAUAAUCAAGUUGGUGGUACCUCUUCACUGCCCCCACGUACGCCUAUUCCUCCAGAAUCAUUAAAGUGCAAUAUACUGAAGGCAAAGUCUCUAGAGCAAGGAAAAAAUUCAAAUUUGGUUUCCAUCACGUCUAUGGAUGCAUCUCCAGUUAUUACUAAGAACAAUCAGCAUUCUGAUGCAGCAACAAUUGUAUCAGUGGGUGGAGAUAAAUUGACACUGUCAGUAAGUGGUGCUAUGAUGACAAAUCCAUCAGCGGAUGACAACGUUACCGUAACGCAUUUUUCUCUAGACAGCUGGGGACAAAUUGAACAAAAAACAACACAACUGAAUCCUAAAGUUUCAAAUCAAUCUCAGAAUCCGUUCAACCCCUUCACUAGCGAUAAUAACAACGAAGUUACUACUGUCUCUGAAAAUAGCGAGGAGGAUACAAAAACGGAAGAGGAAAAGAAAGCGAAUACAAACCCGUUUAUAGAUUCGAAUCCGUUUUUGGGUUUGCUUAAUCCUUUCAAAGAAAUACAGCCCACGGUUGAAAAGAAAACUGAAGUGGAAACGGAGAAAAACGGAGCGAGAGUCGUGAAAACUGAAGAAAUACAAACAACUACUACGACUCUUACUCACAAGGAUGAUAAUUCGGCUGUUUCCGAUAUCAGUCCUUGGCUAGUAGCCGAUCCAUCACAAACAACGACAGCAGAUCAAACUCCAAUUAAACAUACAGUAAUUACGAGGAAGACUGUAAUCACAACGCAACUUUGAAGUAUUAAGUAAUCAACGAAAUAUAUAAAAACGGAUUACAAUUCUAAAGACAAAAAGAAAAAUAUUUAUCAAAUUUGGUCUUCCUUAUAAUAUGUACUGACUUGCUUAAAGUGCCUAUAGGAGUACAAUGUUGCCUAAGUAGGAAAAGAAGUAAUACAAUAAAAUGAAAGAAUAAUUUGACAUAUUAUAUCAAUGGGACCAGUCAGCAUUUAUAUUUUUUGCAAAUCACGAAUAAUUUGCAUUUAUGUAAGUAUUUAAUUUUAUAUAAUUUUAAUUCAUAUAAGCACUUGAUUUGAAAAAUUGUAUAAAUAUAAUUCCUAAUUAAAAAUUAUUUUUUUUACUUGACGUAUUUUUUAUACGAGAUUGAUGUUUUGAGUUUGUACUCAAGUACUUCGAGUAAUAUACCAUUUGACAACUGCAUUAGUACUCUUUAAUGCAAGAGAAAUCAUGCAUAGAAAUCAGAUUUUCUAAGUACAGUACCUAUGUCAUAAAAAAGUUAAUAUUUUUCCAUAUUUUUAUAUCUGCUUUUUAUCAAUAAUUGUUUUACUUUAAUACAUUAUCAAUUCAGUUCUACCAUGCAAAUUAUUUAUGUGUGUUCUAUAUUUAUUGUUGUAUAACAUAGUCAAUUUUUACAAAGAGUUAAGUGUCCUUAUAUCUUAUUAUACAAUAAGAACACACACAUACGUUAAAAAGAGGUAAUGUAUGGAGCUCCUACUAAAAAUUAAUUUAUUGAAUUGACUUAUUUCUCGUCUAAUUGUAUAUUUAUAUAUAAUUGGAAAUAUUUUAUUACCUAGAAUUUAUAAAUGAAAUCUGAGUGCCCAGGUGAUAGUCUAUUAGAAGUAUUUCAAUACUGGUUAGACAUUUUCCAUUUGCCAUAGUGCCUUUGAUAACAAUAAUAAAGGAAGAUAUCUUUAUUAAAAUUUAUGCUCAUUCCUAUUAAUUUAUCUUUUAUUUACUAUAAAACGUUUUAUUGUUGAAAAUACCUUUAUUCACGAACAUAUGUACAUUAUUA